GCACUUUCCCGGCCAAUAGUCAAGCUGAAAUCAUCAAGUCAAAGUCUCCCGAUGCUGGGAGCAAAGCAGAGAGCUCCGAGAACAGCCGCACUGGGAUGGAAGGUCAGAGCAGUCUCCCUUCCACGUUUAUCCGAGCGCAGCCGACCUACGUCAAGGUUGAAGUUCCUGGCACGUUUGUGGGACCCUCAACCUUGUCCCCAGGGAUGACCCCUUUGUUAGCAGCCCAGCCACGCCGACAGGCCAAGCAACAUGGCUGCACACGGUGUGGGAAGAACUUCUCAUCCGCCAGCGCUCUUCAGAUCCACGAGUGGACUCACACUGGAGAGAAGCCUUUUGUGUGCAACAUUUGUGGGCGAGCUUUUACCACCAAAGGCAACUUGAAGGUUCACUACAUGACACACGGAGCAAACAAUAACUCAGCCCGCCGUGGAAGGAAGCUGGCCAUCGAGAACACCAUGGCUCUGUUAGGUACGGAUGGAAAAAGAGUCUCGGAAAUGUUUCCCAAGGAAAUCCUGGCCCCUUCCAGGAACGUGGACCCUGUUGUGUGGAACCAGUACACCAGCAUGCUCAACGGCGGUCUGGCUGUGAAGACCAAUGAGAUCUCU